AUGGAAGAUUGUAGAGAUGCUACAACUCCAUUGGAUGCUGGGUUUACGGUUCAUUGCAGUAACGAAAUGUGCAAGAAGGUCGAUAAAGUGCAGUAUCAAUCAAUAGUAGGCGCGCUAAUGUAUUUAGCAAUAUCAACUCGUCCUGACAUCAUCCAUUCAGUUAGCAAAUUAUCUCAGCGUAAUACAAAUCCACAUAUAGAGCAUGAAGCUGGAGUAAAGCAUUUACUACGGUAUUUGAAGAAGACAGCGGAUUUUAAAUUACACUACGUAAAAACUGGCAAAGAUAUUGAGGGCUUUGCAGAUGCUGAUUGGGGUAGUGAUCCAACUGACCGUAAGUCCUAUACGGGGUAUGCUUUCGUAGCAGCUGGUGGUGUAUUCUCUUGGGAAUCUAAGAAACAGAGCGUCGUAGCUCUAAGUAGUACAGAAGCCGAGUAUAUAGCAUUAUCUGCGACAGCAAAAGAAGCAGCGUACAUUACCAAACUUCUAAAAGAAAUGGGUUUUGGCAAGAGCAGACCUAUGCAUCAGAAACUUUAUGAAGCAGCCUUUCUGACGAAGCAAAUAGACUAUUAG